GCGUGCAGCCAAAACAAACUCCUGCCGACGGUUUGCCUCUUGCCUCCGGUCUCGCUGGCCUGCUUCUAGACAGCAGCCGAGGGACCCUCUGCGCUCAGAGGGAGGAGCGGAGGAGACCUCCGGCCCUCCCACCGGCUAUAAGACCAGGGGCAGACGGAAACAUUCAGACAGCAGGCACACGUGGAGCAAAGAGUCAGAGAGAGAGAGAGAGAGAGAGAGAGAGAGAGAGACCUGGGCCUGGGAGUUGUAUCUGCUACAGGAAUCGAAACAGACAAACAUAGAAACAAAGGAACAAGAAAAAGGUCUAGAGGAGAACAUCCACUUCCCUUCUUCUAAAGGAUUAAACAGAGAGAAGAACUGACCUUUUUGGGAUGUGAAGUGUUUUUUGUGUGAACCAGGAGAGAAAAACACAGCUGCUGAGGUCAGGUUGCUCUUGACCACAGACUUAGGAUCAACUGGUUGACCUUUUUUUUAAACCCAGCCCAACCCUGCAUCAUAAGGGCUACUUCUGGCUCACCUGGCUUCACUAAAAGAGACUUUGGGGGUAAAGUAAAUGUUGCACGGUGUUGAUCCCCUUUAAUCAGCAACAACAACAGAACAUUUGGUCCGGCGCUCUCCGUCGACAAGUGGAAGCCUCUCGUUGAUUGACCUGCCUCUGACAGAGCGCCGACGCGUCGAAGAUGACGUUCGCCAUGCUGCGCACGGCGCCUCCCGCGGGCCGCUUCUUGUACGGCGACAUCGCCCUCCUCUCCGAAGACGACGAGGAGAACGGGAGCGAGGGUUCCGGCUCCGAGGACCGCAACUCCUCCAACUUCCGCCUGUCCUCGUCGCCGACGGCCUUUCACAUCAAGGUGAACAGGAAGAGGAAGCUGUGCGGGGCGGUGGGGGGCGGAGGGGUGGACGUGGAGGCCAUGAUGGGGAGGCUCAUCCCCCAGGGGUCCCCCCCCCCCCACGGGGAGGUUCGCCAGAGGACCGCGGCCAACGCGCGGGAGCGAGAUCGCACCAAUUCUGUCAACACGGCGUUCACGGCGCUGCGCACACUCAUCCCCACCGAGCCCGCAGACAGGAAGCUGUCGAAGAUCGAGACGCUACGUCUGGCGAGCAGCUACAUCAGUCACCUGGGGAACGUCUUGCUCCUGGGCGAGGGCCUUCAUGACGGCCAGCCGUGCCACGCCCCCUCACCGCCGUUCUUCCAUGUCAACUCCUCCCCCAGCCGUGGAUCUGACCAAUCAGCUCAGCCAAAGCACAUCUGUACUUUCUGCCUCAGCAACCAGAGGAAAAUGAACAAAGAUCGAGACAGGAAGACGGCCAUCAGAAGUUAACAACGAGGAAACAAACCACACGGAUGAAAUGCAACAAUUCUCUGCAACUUGAAGACUCAUCAGACUUGUGAUGCAUUUCAAAGACUUUUGAAGGACUUCUUUAGCACUUCGAGGACUUUUUAAGGGAACUUAAGCCAGCAUUCAUUUUUUUGUUUUUCUUACUUUUUCUAUUGCUUUAUAGGAACUUUUUACAUUUAGUGUUUUCCAAUUUUCAUAUUUUGAAACACUUCUGAAAAGUCUAAAAGUGCUUUUAAAAAGGCCUAUCAUGGGCAUGACAAACCUUUCACAUUUUGACUUUUGACGGACUUUUUGUCCAGUCUGAAGAACUUAUGGCACAUGAUGGAAACACACAGCUUUUAAUAAAUACAAGUUUGUCUUUCAUAGGAUCUGUUUGUCAUUAAUGUGUAAGAUGAAAUAUAAAUGUAUAUUUAUGUGACAUAACAUUAUAUAAUGAAACUAUGUUAUUUAACCGGCAUUGACAUCCAAGUAAUGUAUGAAGGUGCAAAAAAUGUAACACAAUUUAAGGCAGCAAGCUGGAACUUUAAUGGUAUUUGUUAUUUCUGAAGAUUAUCUCUGAAAAUGUCCUAAUGCUGGAAAAUAACACAUGAUGACCAAUAAAUUGUUUGUAUAUCUGGG